AUGGCGUCCGCGCUAGUCGCGCUGCUGUUACUGCUGCCGAGUGGUGGCGCCUUCCGUGUGAUCAACUCAACGACUGAUCCGCUGAUUGGGACACACGCUGUCUUUGAGCCUUAUGAGGCUGGGCACGUGGGAUACUACGGAGACCCCAGCAAUCCGUCUGCGGAACGGCUGAACGAAGGCUCACCGUACUCCCCCGACACGCCGCGGAUCUUCUUCAGCGCCCCAUUGCAGCAGUCAUGUCCAGGAAUGGUGGGGCCAGGACGCAAUGGCGAGUUCUACUGCUUCAGUCGCGAGUACGGCUACUGUGAUCGACGCAGCGGGCUGUGCGUCUGCAAUCCAGGGUACACAGGGUUAGACUGUACAGCAUGUCAACCAGGGUACUUUAAACGAGGCGUCUUGUGCUUUGCCAAGAAAAGCUGCCCAAACGAUUGUUCGAGAGGUGGCGAAUGUGACUAUGCUACAGGCACAUGUACAUGUGAUCUUACACGUCGUGGCGUCGACUGUUCACAAAGAUUCUGCGCCUUCGACGAGAAAUGCGUAAGCUGCACGAGCACUGCCUGUCUGCAAUGUGUGGAGAAAUUCUACGUAGAUCCAACGACACAGACGUGUGUCUCCUGCGCGCGCUACGACCCGCGAUGUCUAAGCUGCAGCCAUCACAAAUGCCUUAUGUGUGCAGAUCUACAGCUCAACUCAGUCCGUCGCAGUGGCGCGCGUCGUAUCGACCAGCCAUUACCUGAUGACGAGCGUUUGCGCGAGUUCUCGCAAAAAUUCGUGUAUGGAAGUCAAGAUCCUCGUGUAUUUGACGAAGUGGAGUCGUAUGCUCUAGCUCCAGCCUCCUACUCGUCGCUACCAUUAAACGAGAGCAGUGUGGCUUGCACACAAGGUGGAAAUACAGACGCUGGGUGGACUUGCUCUCCUUCUCCAGAGUCGCAUCGUGUGUGUGGACACCGAGGAGUUUUCUCCUUUGUGUCACCGCUUUACGCAGUCCCUGAAACGGCUGGAAACAUCACAGUGACGGUGCGGCGAUCUGGGGGUGGACUGGGAAGUGCUGCGCUGCUGUACGAUAUAGAGCAUGUAACCACGACACCUGGAGACGUUUCCUCCACGAUGUUUUACACCAGCUCGCAGAGACUGGAUUUCGCUCCAGGGGUAGUAUCUCUCGCUUUCAAGCUUCAGAUUCACGAUAACCACAUUUUACAAGGUGAUAAAACGUUUCGACUUGGACUUCGCGAGCCUUUUCAGCCAACUGACUCGCUUGGCAUCGCUCCAGCAACUUUGGGGAAUCAAUGGCGCACACUCGUGACCAUUUUGGACGACGAUGCUCUUCGACCGGCUGCUAAUUUAUCGUUUGUAGUUAGACCUGCCAUCACGCUGCUAAGAGGUGGAGCUGCUGGUAACCAAAUGACAUUCCAGAUUCAGAGUAUACUGGGAAACGGAGUGCCUGGUGUCGACCCCUUGGGUGAAGCUGUCUUCGUUGUUACUUCAUACAUCGAAGAAGACGACGACAGCGUCGAAACGGUAGUAUUUCGCACUCUUCGACUUGGAACUGUGGGGCACAGUGGGGGAGUGGAUGUGUCAUUGUUUGCUUGUACCUGGAUGCGCGAACGUGCAGGUAACUUCUCGGUUGCUAUUCAAUUGUUGUACCCUGGUGGACUGCGUGGAGACUACUUUGGAGAUGCUUGGCUAGGAGAAGCAUUUGGCUCGUUUUUUAUGGCUUCGCCUGCCUUGUCACGCGUUGAUCGUCAUGUGAAUUUUACGUGGAAUUCAGGCCCGGCGUUUCCGGGAGCUCAGAGUCACUUGUCUGUACGUUGGAGUGGCUGGCUUAAGCCACUCACCACGGGGAUAACCAUGCUAGCUGUGUCAACUGUUGGAUACGCGCGCUUAUGGAUCGACGACGUGCUUGUCGUUGAUCGAUGGGGUGCUGGAGGAGACACGAAUGACGACUUACCUGUUACUAAAGCUGCAGCAGGGGUGGAUAUGGAUACCUCAAAGCUGUAUUCAUUGGUUCUUGAGUAUCGAGCACCACGGCAAGGAGAUGUUUACGCUCGAUUACUAUGGGGAAGUGUUGGGAGUGCGAAGAUGGAGGUCAUUCCAGCUCAACAACUCUUCUCAGGCAGCCACAUACAGGAUUCUCCUUUCACCAACGUAGUUGUGACCCCAGCUUGGGCGGCGAGUACUGCGUUAAUAACUUCAACUUUACGCAAUGAUGGAAUAUCCGUUGCUCCUGCUCUCCGGGUAAUUGCAGGCGAGACGUUUGCUUACAGCGUCUUACCACGCGACACCUUCGGGAACCGACGGCGUUCACGAGAUCAACAGAGUAUUCAGCGCGAUGUCGUUGCUGCGACUCUAGCGUUGACAACCGACCGAAGUCUUGGAGGGAAAGGUACACAAACGGAGGACGCAUUGGUAUCGUGGGAUGGCGAAUUGGAUGGUUUUCGCGUACUGGCAAAGCCGCAGCGCAGUGGUGAUUAUUAUAUGAGUGUGAGUAUCAACAGCGUCGACUUGGCAGCUAACCCCUUCUCGGUAGUCGUAGUACCGGGUCAACUCAAUGCAGCGCAAUGUGUUAUCUCUGGGUCAGGUGUACUUGCUGGUCGUGUUGCUGGCCAAGCUGCAAAUGUCGCUCUUGAAACCCGAGAUCUGUACGCGAACCGCAUCUACACUGGAGGGCUAAAGGGUCUUAAGCUUCAAGCCUCCCUCGUGACAAGCACUGCUCCAACCGUAGCAACGGCUCAGAUUGUCGACAACGCGGAUGGAGCUUACAAGCUGACGUAUGUACCUCGGGUGGCAGGGAGCUACAGCGUCUCAGUCACGUGGAAUGGAGCUCACUUACAUAAUUCUCCGUACGCGAUUACAGUCGUGCAUAACACUCCUAUUGGAUCGACAAGUAGUGCCCAAGGUCCAGGUAUUGUUUCUGCGAAAACCAAUGUGCAGACGACGUUCGAAGUGACAAGUCGGGAUUCCUCUGGUAACAAUGUACUCCUAGGUGGCGUAGCGUCGGCAUUGACUGUGGUGCUUGAACUUCCUGGCAAGAAUAACGUGAGUGGAUCCGCAUGUACCGACUUGUUGAAUGGACACUACACCUGCGCAUACACAGCACAGUACGUUGGUAUCACACGACUGCAUGUAUUGCUGUAUAGCCGAGCAAUUACUGAAAGUCCGUUCCUCGUGAAUGUCACAGCUGGACCAGCGUUGGGAUCGCGUUGUGUGGCGGCAGGUGGUGCUCUGGUGUCAGCAGUCGCUGGAGAGAGAACAAACUUCACCGUCAGUAUUUAUGAUACGUUCGGGAACGCAAAGACUAACGCUGGUAGUGAAAUUAUCGUUGUCACGUUCACUGGCCCGGGUGUAGCUGCAACAACGGUGAAUGCUGCGGUAGCUGUGAGUUAUACCGGCAAUGGAGUUUUUCUCGUGGCGUAUGCACUAACUUUGAAAGGCAGCUACAAGAUCAGCGUGACGGUGGAUGGUGUGACCAUUAUCUCUAGCCCAUUUAAUAUGUACGCGUAUCCUGCUAUGGCAUCUCCAGCAACGACAUCGCUGGAUUUGCUCUCGCCUGUGCUUCCAAAGACACAGGCCGAUCCACCACUGGUCUUUAGAGCAGGCGCACUCAUUGUAUUAAAACUAACCACACGAGACGUGCUUGGAAAUGUAUUAGAGAGCGGUGGUAACUUCUUCCAGGUGGAUGACGCAGUACGUAGAUUCCUCGAAGCACCAAUUGCUGACGAGAAGAAUGGGAGUUAUCUUGUCACCCUUCGUCCAAAGCGCAGUGUACUAUUCCCUUUCACUCCAAAGCUCAUGAUGCCAGGAGGACUAAAUGGUUCGUACUACUCGGCAAGUGAAGUUCCUGUGGGAACCGCAACAGCCGAAUCUUCGCCAGAUCAUUCGCUUAUGGUGCUGAAGCGACGUGACGUGACGAUAAAUUUUGACUUUGGAGAGAAGCCACCGUCGCACAUCUACUCUGCUGAGACUUUUAGUGCACGCUGGAACGGAUAUCUGCUGCCUCGCUUCAGUGAAGUAUACACGUUUGAAAUGGAUGUAUUAGGGAUCGCUAGUCUUCGCAUUGGAAACACUUCAGUUGCUGUUCAAAAAGGUGCUACAGAGGCGACUAUGAUUGCCUCUCUGACAGCGCAAACGUUCGUGGAUCUCGAGCUCAAUUUCUCAAAGCCAAGAGCGAUACCCAACGCUACCGUAUUUCUGUGGUGGAGUAGUCUGUCUCAACCUCGCGAGAUCAUUCCGUCGUCUCAACUCUUUACUUCGUGGAGGGUUGUCAAUAAUGUCCCGCCACUCAAUAUCAAACCUGCUAUUGCAGAGCCCACUAAGUUUACUCCAGAAUUCAGUACCGCGUCGUUAAUACCAGAGUCGACAGCCGUGCGUGCAAUUGUGGAUCAGUCUUUUAUCUUCACUGUGGUAGCACGCGACAGCUUCAGUAACAAAGUUGGCGGCGAGGAUUACUGCACACUAUACGUGUUGCUCCCGCAGGUGCCUAGCGGGAACACGCAACCCGGUUUAUCAAUCACCGAUAUAGCGGACGGCUCGUACAAGGUCAACCUGGUUCCUCAUUUGACCGGUAAUUUCUCGUUGCACAUAGCUGCUCUUCCCGACGCAAAGAAGACGAGUGCUCCUCCCGGUGGUGACGCCCUGGCAGCAUUUUUGGCCCCGUACAACAUCAAAGGUAGUCCGUUUAAGCUCCAAGUUGACCCGGGACUACCCAGUGAAGCAACUUCUACACUCAUCGGUGGUGGGUUUGUGUCUUCGACUGCUGGAGUUGCCACUAGUUUCGUAUUGGAGCUGCGCGAUGGAAGUACGAACCGCCUCACAGCUACAAUGGUGACUUCAUAUCUCGGUCAUGUUCGAGUAAAGCUACGAAGCAUGAGUACCGGUGCUGAGGUGUCUGCGAAGGUAUCUCAGAUGGGUGAAGGAGACCAGAACUUUUUGUCGGCCAGCGAUGUACGCGUUGAGUACACAGUUGUACUCGCUGGUCUGCAUGCCGUGUUGCUUAGUGUGGACGGAGGCAAGUCCUUUACACAAAAAACGGCAGCACUACGUGUCUUUCCCAACGUGGCCACAGCGAUCACAUCUUUUGUGUCCUCCAACGGCGUAGGAGUGACAGCAACCGGUGUAGGAUUGGGACCGCAGAUACUUACCAAGCAGGAUUACACAUAUCACGUUACAGUUCGGGAUACGUUUGGCAACGUUCGUGAUAGCGGUGGUGAUCUAUUAGUUGCUCGUAUUCACGGUCCUGACAGCUCAAUAGGGAAUGUAGCAGAUCUCGGCAACGGCGACUAUGUCGUGACCUAUCGUGCGAUUCUUCCUGGAGCAUACGAGAUCGAAACACGAGUCGCUGAGCCACAGCGUGGCUUGAUUGGAGAUUACUACGUUGAUACGGGAUCUGUUCAGCGUAAUUUAGCGAGUGCUGUUCGCACCAUAGACACCGUGAUCGACUUUGACUGGAGGAAAAACGUCAGUAUGCGAGGCUACCCGCGCGUUGUUUGGCGAGGUUUCCUUCGUCCGACGUUUACUGAGGAUUAUACGCUAUGGGUCAAAGUGCAAAGCGACGUCGGGAGUGCUGCUAAUGUCUACAUUGACGGAAAAACAGUAAUUGACGGCUUGAACACUGCUGCGACCUCCGGACGCGUAAUGCUCGUCAGCGGUCGACUCCACGCCAUUGUCGUCGAGUACCGCAGCGCUUCAGUGCAACAAGAUCCAGGAUAUUUAUCUUUACUCUGGCAGAGCGUUCGACAAGCAUCCCAACUCAUCCCAACGCAGUCUCUUAUCGCGGAGGCUUCAGAUAUUUUACCACGAACGCAGCUAGUAGCCGUCAACUAG